UUUAUUGUUCCGAUCCGGCGAUAACGCGCUGUUCUUGUGUGUUCCUCUUCCCCUUCACGCCCGGCUACAGGAGCGCGUGUGCGUGGGAAAUAACCGCACAGUAAACAUCGCAGCCGACGCGGUUCUAGGAGAAGAUCUAUCUGAAUCGGCUCGACACAGCGAGACAACGAGAAAGGACAUGCAGGAGCGAGGCAAGUGAGGAGGAUGACAACAGAAGAAUCGACAACGGCAAAGGAGGGAUGAGAAAGAGACUGAAGUAAGAGAAGGAAGUGGACCUCCAAAGUGCCGACUGUGAGGGUUCGUCUGCCGCUGUUAAGCCGGUGGAUGAGAGCAGGACGUGGCUCGGUGUGGGUUUGGCCUUGAAUGGAGGUUAUAUUUGAUAUCUUGACAGCCACAGUGUCGUCCAUCCCACGUUGCUGAGCUGCAGUCCUCACACAGCCUGAGCUGAGCCGCCGCCUCAUCACUACAAGGACACCAUCCCUCUAAGGUUCUGCUUUUGUUUCUGCUCUACGGAAGUCUUCUUUUUUUGAGACCAUUCAAACACAACUGCAGUGAGGGUCCCGGCCGCGGCCAUGUUGACGUGACCGUACUCGUGACUUACGGCGGGCGUCAGGCGAUUCAGGUGAAGGCACCGACGCUCAGUGUCACAUGCCAGAGGGAUGUCCUCAGAGUAGCUUCUGCUUUUUCUUUUCUUCUUGGAGACAGAGCUGGCCUCUGCUCACAGUCUGCCCCCUCUAUCUCAAACUUCAGCUGCCACCUUUCCCAGGAAGAACUAAUAAACAUUCCCUUAAAUACACCAACCAGAAGGACUCGCUGCCUAUUUGCACUGAGGAAAAAAAACGAAGAUAUUUUUGCUGGGGAUUUUUCUUGGAUUAGUCACCCUUGCUGCCAUCAGACAGUUUUCCGUCCAUCUGCCCUCGUCGCUGCUCAGUGUUUGUGAGCGACUCCGAUGGCUGUCAGCAUGACCAUGGGACGGGACACCAAAUGGCUGACCCUGGAAGUGUGCCGUGAGUUUCAGAGAGGCACCUGCUCGCGGUCUGAUGCCGAGUGCAAGUUUGCUCACCCCUCCCGGAGCUGCCAUGUGGAGAACGGCCGAGUCAUCGCCUGCUUUGACUCACUCAAGGGGCGCUGCACCCGUGAGAACUGUAAAUACCUGCACCCACCGCCUCACCUGAAGACCCAGCUGGAGAUCAACGGGAGGAACAACCUGAUCCAGCAGAAGGCCACGGCAGCCAUGUUGGCUCAGCAGAUGCAGUUCAUGAUGCCCGGAACACAGUUGCAGCCGAUUACAACAUUCCCAGUGUCGCCCUCCUUGGCAACAUGCCCCAGUAUGGCGUUCGGUCCCUAUCUGAGCCACAUGGGCCCCGGCAUGGGCUUGAUGCCCGAGUUGAUGCCCAGUGCUCCCCUGCUGAUCCCUGGGAGUCCCACCGGCCUGGCAGCCAUGGGCAACGGCACCUCCGCACAAAAGCAUGUGCGCACAGACAAGCUGGAGGUUUGUCGAGAAUUCCAGCGCGGUAAUUGCACGCGGGGUGAGAGCGACUGCCGCUACGCUCACCCAAUGGAGGCCGGCAUGGUGGACUGCAGCGAGAACUCUGUCAUCGUCUGCAUGGACUACAUUAAAGGCCGCUGCAGCCGAGACAAGUGCAAAUACUUCCAUCCGCCGGCUCACCUGCAGGCCAGGAUCAAGGCUGCACAGCACCAAGCAAGUCACAACACAGCGUCCGCGGGCUUGGUUCUGCCUCCAGGCGCCAUGCAGCCGCCCCCAAAGAGGUCGAUCUUAGAGAAGAGCAACGGAGCUGCCAUUUUCAACCACAACAUGUUCCACUACCAGCAAGCGCUGGCUAACAUGCAGCUCCAUCAGCCAGCCUUCAUCUCCACUGUUCCCAUGAUGCACGGUGCCACCACCUCCACUGUUUCGUCGGCUUCGACCCAAGUCACCAAUGUUCCUUUCGCUGAAUCUGCCGCCUCGAAUCAGUAGACCCCUCCGAGCUUCUGACUCCAGAUCCAGUGGAGCUCCAGUGCGUACCCAUGGAAACCCAUUUCUGUCAAGUACCCAAACUGCUGGUGGCUGCGCCGAUGACCCUCACUCAGUAAGCCUUUCCCAAAACCCCAGUUAAAGCCCCUGAAACCAUGCGCACUACCAGAGGGCGGUCAUCUUUUCUGAAUGCAGCAAAAAUGUGCCUCGCCUACAGUGCACACUAAAUGAGUGUGAAACUUCUCAUAAGAUGUUAUGAACGUAUGAAAGCUGUGAUGAUGCACGCGAUACAAGCCUGGACGUAUCACUGUUGCUUUAUUGCAGCCAUCCCGAUACACACUGACUUGGCUGAGCAAUAGAGAUCCUCGUUUGUACAGACAAACAUGCCCACACCUUAAGAGUGCAGCAGACAUGCGCACACACACACACACACACACACACACAUAUGGGAUGGAGCCAUCACAUGAUGCGACCCAACACUUUUCACUGUUCGAAAGUCAGAAACCCUGAAAAGCUCAUUCUUGAAAUUAAGAGCAUUCGAGCGGGAAAUGGACCUGCUGCUGGUCUACAACCAGUAUGUACUGUCACAAUGAAAGAGUGUUUCAUAUCAUGUCAUGUUUACGUUUCAAGAUGGAUACAAAUGUAAUAGUCGUGUUGUACCAUGUAUAUCAUUCAGUUUGUUCUCAUGAUCUUAUCUCGCCUGGUGAAACGCCAACGAGUUGUUGUUUGUUCAUUUGUUUGUGCCUUUGAUUUAUCUGCUCAGCUGCAGAGGAGACUCAGUUUCACAGAUGAUUCAAAACACGAAUAGCAUACAUUAUUACAUGUUAUUUUCAAUUGAAGGCAAGAGCUGUUGUUACAUAAAUGUAUCAGCUCCUAUUGUAAGGAAAUGUAUGAAUUACAGUAAUCGGUACUUUAAAUUGAUAUUGUUUUAUGAAUGUAAUUUGAAUCACAGUACCUGCCACUGACGGGAUAAUAGCAGAAAAUUAGACAGUACCUUUAUGGUAAUGCAACACAAUUAAAGUGGAGUGACAUUAUACAAUUGCCACUAAAGGGGUUGAAGCUGAGAGAUUUUUAAGAAUGUGGCUCUUAACUUCUGGGUUUAGGAAACAUUUCAAAUUUAACAAUAUUGUUAAAACAGUAUACAUUUGAGUGAUACGGUAUCGUUAGUUGCGGCUAGGCUGGGUAAUUGUCAAUAAUGGAAGAGGAAGGUUUGUUUGUCCCGUUUCCUCCAUGAUUUUAUUUCAAAACGUGGUGUUAAAGAAUGACAAUCUGUCAAGUAUAAUGAUUGGCAUCAGCCACAUACCCAGAUUUCAUGUGUUUGCUCAACUCACCUGGAAUCAUAGUACAGACACAAUAUAAUUGGCACUUGUUAAACUUCAACACCUGAUGUCAGAGCUAUUGCACAAGAUGGGAGCUGGAUUUGUGUCCUGAUGUUGUGCCUAAAGUCUGUGUGUGCCAAGUAGUGGUUGGUAUAUGCUUGGAGCUGCCCCAUUUAAUGCAAUAUAUGAAAAAUGUUAUCGUCCCUCUCAAACUCAGAUAUUUAUUUUUAAAAAGGCAGUUUGUUUGUGUAAUUCUCUCCCUUCAUGCGGCUUUUCAAUUGAAUACGUGGCACAAGAUUUGUAUGUUUUAUGGCUCUUCAGGUAGAAAGCUUAGAACUUGAAAAUGUCCUGUCCGACUUUCUAAUGUGUUGUCUUUUCUACUGAUGUGUCGUUAUUAUGGAAAGUAGUAGGACUGAAUAUUGCAUCCACAGCUGUUAUAACCAGAAUGGAGUUAUGGUAAAGUCAGGAAAUGGAGGAAUAAAUCACCCGUUUGAUGUCUAUUGUAAAAGAGAAGAAAAAAAAGAAAGACAAACCAGUUGGAUGUUGGAUCUCAAAUGACACCACGGAAUUGCUUUGUAGGUGCAAAAAAAUUGUCCGUAACGGCUCUGGAAACUGCGCUGAAAUCAUUUUCAUCUAAAUUCAAAUGUGCCUCUUUCAAGUCUCCUCAAGCCACCACUGGCAAUACACUGUAAGAACAGACCAGUGCUCAGAACUAGAUAUGUCGUUUGGUACGUUAUUAUAACAGUAAAUCACAUCUCUACAGUACUUGUUUGCUCUCUGAGACAGCUGUGUUGUCUUAUCAUUUAUGUAAAGAAAUAGAUCAGUGAGUUGUGUGCAGACUAAAAAGACAAUGAAUCACAUAUUUGGUUAGUUGUAAAUGCUGCAGACGGCAUUUCCCACUGAACAUUAUUCAUUUUAAAUCAUGUUAUCGUGACGUGAAUGUAUCUAUUGCAUCUUCACAUGCCCUUUUGAGAGACAGGCAUGUUGAAAUUCACGAUAUAAAGACAACUUCUGAGGUCUCACACUGUAGGUACAUGCUUAUACUGUGUUAAGACAUAUUAAAGUAUGUGUAUUGUUAUAUAGAUUUAUAUUUAAUGUCAAUGGAUGGUGUGACUACUUUUAGAAAUAUAUUUCACUCAGAAAACGUAGAGCAUAAUUGUACAUCGCAAAGUGCAGAUGUGCAUCGUACAGGUACAGAACAGUACCCGUUCUUGCUAAUCAGCUGUUGUACCCCUCCCUUGGAAGUAACCAAAGUGCCCAAAAUGCACCUAUAAACAAUGGUAUAAUCAUGGGACAAAAUUAAGAAAUUCUGCAUGCUUUUUAGCAAAUCUUCUCUUUUUUUGCAUAACGUGGAUUUGUCAGUGCUCCGUGUGAUGCCGUCCCUGUUUCUGUUAACUCCCACUGGGGAGGCUGCAUACAGAAGCGCCAGUAUAGACCGACCAUGCUGUAGGAGUUUGCUAGUGCUAUGACAAGUAUGUAAUCCCUCUCUGGCUUCCCACCCAUUAACACAGACAAUCGUGUUCUGCGGGGGCAAGUUGGAUUGACCUUGGGUUUGUGUGGGGAAUGACCUUUGGGAGCACCGAAUCAGUGUACUACUGUACCGUUAGUACCCUUAAAGGAACAGUGAGCUUAUUCACUUUAUUUCCAAGUUAGAUGAGAAGAUAACUCAUGCUCUAAUGUGUUAAAUAUGAAGCUAGAACCUGCAGCCACUUUGCGUAAAGACUGGAAAGAAACAAACAAUAUAAUAUGUGUUAUUAGUGAGCUGUAGAAGUGUUGCAAGGCAUAUUUGUUUUGUAGCUCUCGACUUUAGUUUAACUGGGACUGUAUUUUUAGGCUGAUACUAAUAGUGAUUUAGGAGUUUUAAAAAAAAGUUGAAUAUAUAUCAACUGAUUGUAAAAAGAAAUUACAGUAAAAAACAAUAUGUCAUCUUGACCCUGUUUCUAAAUUACCUUCAACCUCAUUUGUCAUUUCUAUACUGCAAUAACUUGUUACUCAUCGGCCAAAUUAUAUACAAAUACAAUAUUUCUACAAUGAGCUAAUAUUGUCUGAUUUGUUGGUCUCGCUCUACUUUGGCCAGAGCUUGUCUAGCUUUACCCCCUUGAUUCUAUUAUAUAGGCUCAAGCUCAUUGGCUCCUGGUUCAAGCUUCAUAUUUUCCUCCAACCUUCUAAAAAAAAGUAAAUAAGCUAUUUCGCAAAAUUAUUUCAUUUCUAUCUUCAUGGUGGACGAAGCGUUAGCCUGUUUUAUGCCUGUUAUCGUCCAUCUGUAAAGAAAUGUUCUUUUUGGUACCGAAACGUACUUCUCCUUUAAGUUGUUUCCUUGUUUUUUCUUGUGUUGAGCAGCUACAUGUUCUCAAGUCUUUGAACAGACAUAUUUAUCUCCUACUCAAUGAAAUUGAUGAUUCGAAUGUCCAGACAAUUUAGUUUGUCUUAAUCUUACAGCUUUUAGAGACCAGCUUUGUCCAGCCAAGAAAACCCCUCCCCCUCGCCUUCGCUCCUCCCUCCUUCACAUCGUUAUGCCUUCACUAACUGCUGUCCAGAUGGAAACAACUGAAUACUUGAUUAAUAAAGUGUGCCUCUUGAGGGCAUUUUAAUUUUUAAGUACAUUUAGAUGUAUGUAUUGAUGUACAAGACCGUAUGGCAGAGAAAAAUGUUUUAACCUCUUUCCCUUUCUCAUUCUCUUGUACUUGAUUUCCUUUAGGUCUCACUGUAUUUUUCCCAUACAGUCAUGAAUCAUAAAUCUGGAAUAUGCAAAAUGCUCUGAUCAUUGUGGCCAGUGACCAGAUCCUUUAGCAUGUGGACCGUUAAGUCCUGAGCAUACUUCUUUUUGCCGGGGCACAAACAAAGGGCCUUAUUUCUUGAUCACUGUAUAAAGAUGUGAUAGCUGUGUAUGAAAGUGACAUGUAAUAAUGGUAAGUUAAGCUUUUUUAAACUGACAUAAAAAACAGCAUGUAAAUUCAAAAAAUAAUAAUUUAUACAUAGUUAAUAGUUUGUAGACAAGAAGAAAAAGAUAUAAUAUGAAGAUCAUUUCUAUACAAUGAUGAAGUCAUUGUUAAUGGUAAUGGUCGCUGUUGCUGUGGCAACAGAUGUCAACAUGGCUACCUUUCUACUACCCGAAUUGUGAUUUUCUUUUUUUUCACAUUAAUUAAAACAACAUACAUCACUAACUUAUUGAAAAAGGGAAUGUCUAAUUAGUUUGUCUUGUUAUUGCGAAGUGAUUAAAUAUUUUGUAUGAAAAACUUAAUUAUUUGUACUAUCCAAAGGUCCUUAGGGGAGAUCAGGUGUUUAUUUAGUUUUGUUUAGUUGACCGUAAUAGUUUUUUUGUUCUUGUACAUUGAGUUUUUGAGAAAUAAGAACGCGAACACCUACUGUCAGGAAGGUAAAGAGACUUGUGGACUAAUAGAAAGAUCUUCUUCUUUUUGUGUCAAAUCAAACGAGUCAGCAUCCCCACUGGUUACCUCCUUCAGACUGGACGGCCCUCGCUCAGUUCUCUCUGGAUUGAGGCUGAGCUUUAAUUAUAGAGUUCUGUUUCAGUUUUGGUCAAUAAGGUGGUUCAGUAGUCUCUUUCUGCCCAGCUGUGCUGGGGGAUGUUGAUCCUUGCUGAAGUGUAUUCGAAUGUGUGAUGUUCACCUUGUUUGCACUUAUGUACAUAACUAUGUCAAAAUACUCAAAAUUUAUUUUGAAUAAAUAUAGAUAAAAGAGUUGAUUACAAAUCAAAUCAAUGUAUUGUUAAUAAUACAAGUAUGUUUAUCAUUUUAUUACAGUAUAAAAAUAUCUGGAGGAUCUGUUCUGUAGUUUGUUUGCUUGAGCCCUGUUCUUUGCCAAGCAUGACAUUGCCUAGCUGUGUACCACAAAUGAUUUGCUUUUUUUCAGUUAAUUUACUGUAAUAUCUGACCCUGAAAUCAAACAAGAGAGGUAGAGUAGAAUGAAUAGUUGGUUUGGAUAUGUAUAUGAUAAACCAGGAAUAACCUUGUCCUUAUAUGCUCAUCAUGAAUGCACCAAAAUGAAGCACAGAGUUUCUCCAGAUGCAGGCCGAAUAGCAGCCAGUUAUUAAAGUGGAGCAGAUAAUAAAAUCUGACUACAGAGGGACUUGUAUGUGAGAUGUGUUCACAGGGUUUUAAAUUCACUUUACUUUUGUUAUUUAGUCAAAUGGGUGUGUUCUUUUCUCUCUUGAUACCAUUAUCCAAAACAACAAUGAAUCUGAAUUCUCCUCAGGAUAUUAGUAGAUAUAUAAUUGCUAAAAACCUGAUUUUCCAAUGUUAUCCUUGCAGCAGCAGCAACAUCCUUACGCAACUCUGUUCCUGUAGAUUUGGGGCCAUUCAUUUGCUAUUAAUGCCAGUGAUUGUGUUGCCAUGGCACACGGUGGUUUGAAUGAGUCAUCCUGGUGAGUCGGCUCACAGCCCUCUGACUCCACAUGUGGAUUGGACUUCACAUAUUGUGGGUCACAAACAAGUGUAAUCACAUUGUGAUUUUGUUUUAAAUUGAUUUAUUGUCAUCAUUAUUUUUUAAACAAUUCAGUUGUAAUUGUGCCUUUAUCAUGAAAGAUGUAGUUGUUUCUUUAUGUUCUAUGUUCAUAUUGACUUUAAACAGCACAUGUAUUGUGUGUAAAAUGUAUCCCUUUAUUUAAAAUCCUUUGUCGGGUUGGUGAGUCAUUAUGAACUUGAGUAUAAUUGCAGACUGAAUGGCAACCCGUGGAAGAUGAAAAGGGCCAAAGACUGUUCAGGACUAAGCCAUAUGAAAUACUCUCUCUUGACACUCUAGGAAAGACUUGAAAGUGAAUACCGUUUCUUAGUCAUCUAUUGUUUCACCCUGUUUUCUGCUUGUGGUGCUUGUAUGUGCUGCUGGCUCCAUGCCAAUUUGUUUUGCAGUGUAUAGCUAUUAAGAGUAAGUUACUGUGCCUAUGAUGAGUUCUGCUAUUUCUGUUUGACCUUUAAUAAAACAUAUAAUCGUGA